AUAUUAUGUACCUAUAACAUUUCAUUCCAAAUGCCUUCCAUUUCCUAAAACCUUAAACCCCUCCUCUUCCUUUUUCCGUCUCUUCCACCUUCCUCCAUGGCGGCGAAACCAAAAUAAAAACCUAAAAUUCCUCCAUUGAUCCGUUUGAAGCCAUGCCGACCUUCACCAGCAUCGCCUUGGAUAAUCUGUUCGAGCCCAGAGUUCGAGAUACUCAGAAGAAGCCUUUUCACUGGGAACGCGACGAGGCCGACCCGGUAAAAGCGGCCCCGAGGCACCUGUACAUAUCGCCCGGUCUUUACGUCACUCCUGAUCAGGCUCCCAUCCCCGACCAUUCGCUGCCCUACCCGCCGUCUCCUUCCCCUUACGUGGUCAACCUCAAGCGCCGCCGUGCUGGGAAUGUGGGGAGGGUCGAAGUCCUGGAAUUUCCCUCCGGAAACGAGGUCGAUGUGUUGAGCUCGGAGGAGGUCGGGGAUAAUUUUGUGGAUGAGGUGGUGGCUGGAUAUGAUGAACCCGGUGAAGAGGAAGAGGGGUUUCAAGAUCUGAGGAGUGAGGCGAUGAGCGUGGGGAGUGAGGUGGAGGUUAAUGAUUUCGGCACCAAUCAAAUCGAGAGCCGCAGCUUUGUUUCUGCCCAAGGGGAAUUUUUCGAUGCUAUUGAAGAUUUCUCCACAGAUAGCUCUGUUUCAAAUGUGCAUACGUGUUGUUCUAGAACUGAAUCAGAAUUGCAUGCUACAAGGCUCAGUCUUCUUGAGGAAAUCGAGAAGAGAAAAAACGCAGAGGAGAAUCUUGUGUCGAUGCAUACUCAGUGGGAGAGGAUCAGGAACCUUAUGUCUGAAGCUGGCCUAACAUUUCCUGCACCUCCAGUUGCUAAUGGUAGCAUCCCGCAAGAUAACAAUUUAAUGGACCAGAUUUCUCAGGAAGUUGUUGUUAGCAGAUUUGUUGCCGAAGCAAUUGGAAGGGGUCAAGCACGUGCUGAAGCUGAGGAGGCUGCUUUGUCUGUUAUUGAAAUGAAAGAUCAGGAGAUAUCACGUUUGCGUGAUAGGCUUCAGUACUAUGAGACUGUUAAUCAUGAAAUGUCCCAGAGGAAGCUUGUUGAGGUUGCACGUAAACAGCAGGAAAGGAAAAAAAGACGGCGGAGGUGGCUAUGGGGCUUCAUGGGGUUAUCGAUCACGAUUGGUGCUUCAUUUGUUGCGUAUUCAUACUUCCCUCAGUCUGCAGAAAUAAUCUCGUUGUUAAAACCUGCCGACUCUACAGAUGCCUCAUCUGCCAGUGCCCCUGAGACCUCCUGACACCAUUAAGCUUGAAGCUUUUUUCUUUUUAUCUCUGAGUCUCAGAGAUUUUCUUGUAUCUUCUAAUUAGUAUGUUAGUAGAUCGCAGAUAGGUGAGUCCGGUGGUCUGUUCCGCUCUAUUUUUCUGUUGAUCUUCUCUCUUGUGAUGACUAAUUUUGGACUUUCUGGCAAUCUGCUGCUACAUUGCAACCCAUGUUCUUUUUUUUGUGUUCAGUUUCAGUAUGAUAUGGGUUUUAAUGAGACUAGUCACAAAACACAAAAAAUUAUGUAUUUAGUGGCCAGUGCUGAAAAGUCGUGAUUAAAUUGCCUAAAUGAUAAAGGUGAUGAACUUUUAUGAAUGAAAUGACUUGAGAAAAAA